GCUUGGCGCGUUUGUCCAAGCUGUUGGCGCCACCGACACAAUUCACAGAGGACUGUUAGUGAAAGAAGUGUAUCCUUGACUGUGCGCUUAAUAUUUCAGUAAAUUUGUUUUUUGGUGCUAAUUCACUUCUUCACAAACAUGACGAAGCUUUCAGAGGGUGCGAUAGAGGCUCUGUCAAAUGGCACUGGUGGCAACGACGCAGUGCUUCAGUGUGUGAAUAUUCGCAAAAUUGAUGGGGGAAAUGGUCCAGCUCGCUUUCGGGUGAUGAUGAGCGAUGGGCGGCACACUCUGUCCUCCUUCAUGCUGUCCACCCAGCUGAACAUCAUGGCAGAGGAGAACAGGCUGGCCCCCAACUGCAUCUGUGUUCUGAAGAAGCAUGUGACCAAUAUGCUGAAGGAUGGACGACGGAUAGUAAUCAUUUUGGAAAUUGAUGUCAUCAAGCCUGCUGAGGAUGUUGCUGGGAAAAUAGGUGAACCUACUCCUUACACAGAAGGUCAGACUAAAGCCCCGCAGUCAGCUCCUGUCCCUGAGAGCCGCCCUCCACUGCAGCCACAAAAUAGAAAUGAAGUGAACAGAGGCUUUAAUAGAGACUUUGGGAAGAAGGCCCCAUCUGCUGUGCCCAAUACCCCAGGGGGCACUUCCAAAGUUGUGCCCAUUGCCAGUCUCAACCCCUACCAGUCCAAGUGGACCAUCCGUGCUCGUGUAACCAACAAGAGCACCAUCCGCACGUGGAGCAACUCUCGCGGUGAUGGCAAACUCUUCUCCAUGGAAGUUGUGGAUGAAAGCGGAGAGAUACGAGUGACUGGUUUCAACCAGGAGGUGGACAAGUUCUACACCCUGAUUGAGGUUGGCAAGGUCUACUACAUCUCCAAGUGCUCCCUGAAGAUCGCCAACAAACAGUACACAUCAGUGAAGAAUGACUACGAGAUGACUUUCAGCGGAGAGUCCACAGUCAUCCCCUGUGACGACAGCUGUGAUGUUCCCAUGGUGCAGUGUGAUUUUGUCUCUAUUAGUGACCUGGAGAAUAGAGACAAAGAUGCCAUCAUUGAUGUUAUUGGAGUCUGCAAGAGUGUGGAGGAGGUGACCCGCAUCACAACAAAGUCUAACAGAGAAGUGACGAAGAGGACGCUCAGUCUGAUGGACAUGUCUGGGAAGGUGGUGACUGUGACACUGUGGGGAGAGGAAGCAGAGAAGUUUGAUGGGUCUGGACAGCCCAUUGUAGCCAUUAAGGGGGCGAAGCUUUCAGACUUUGGAGGCCGGUCCCUCUCUGCAUCCUUCAACAGCACACUGAUGAUCAACCCAGACAUCCCCGAGGCAUAUAAGCUCAGAGGCUGGUAUGACAAGGAAGGCCAUGCCAUGGAUGGACAGUCUCUGACGGAGUUGAAAGGUGGCAGCGGGGGAGGAAACACCAACUGGAAGGCUCUAUCUGACGUUAAGACGGAGCACCUGGGACAUGGAGACAAGGCAGACUACUACACCUGCAUUGCUACCAUAGUGUACCUGCGCAAGGAAAACUGCCUUUACCAGGCCUGCCCGAGCCAAGACUGCAACAAAAAAGUGGUAGACCAACAAAAUGGCAUGUACCGCUGUGAGAAGUGUGACAAAGAGUUCCCCAACUUCAAGUACCGCCUCAUCCUUUCUGCCAACAUUGCAGAUUACGGGGACAACCAGUGGGUGACUUGCUUCCAGGAGAGUGCAGAGGCCAUCCUGGGCCAGAAUGCAGCUUACUUAGGGCAGCUCAAGGACUCGAACGAAACCGCCUUCGAUGAGAUCUUCCAACAAGCCAACUUCAAUACGUUUGUCUUCCGCAACAGAGUAAAGCUGGAAACGUAUAAUGAUGAAUCCAGGAUCAAGGCCACAGUGAUGGAUGUGAAGCCCGUUGACCAUAAAGACUACAGCAAGAGGCUGAUCAUGAACAUAAGAAAACUGGCUGCCCAGUAGGAACCUGUGCUCUAUGCUCUCAGUGGUCUGAUUUUUCUUGCUUUUGCAAGUUUUUCCUUUGUAUCUGUACAGCCAACAAACAACUCGAAAUUUAUUACAGAUUUAUUGCUCCUGGAGCACUUGUAUUUAGUUUUUUGUUAUCAGUUUACUUCUCUGUGAAUGAGUAAUCCUCAAAGUACUAAUGAAGUACUAAUGGAGUAAAAGUUCACCUUUCCUUGGUGGAGAAAUUAUUGGUGGCCUGAUUCUAAAAACUGUCUUUUUUUGGUGAACAGAACAGACAAUGAUAUUUUUUCUCUCUCUUUCUGUUAUUCUGAGAGGCAGAGCAGAGAGUGGGUCAGUAAGCCACAAAAGAAAUCAUCACUGUGUCUGUCUUAUGUCAGCCAGUUGUUCCUGCAUAUGCUGUGGUCAUGUAGAGGUGGGGGCUGCUUUAAGCAGAAGACCAGCACAGUAGCUAGCACUCUUUUUCACCCUCUGAUGUGCACUCAAAAUGGCUGGGCUGGACCUGCACAUCCCUGAUAAGACCGUUUAUUCUCCCACUCCUUUUUUUUUUUGCUCCGUCUCUCACAUACUUGCAAACAUAAGCACAUAUACACAUGCACAGUGCUACUAAUAGAAAAUGUACUGCAUUCUAUUUAAGUAGGUACAAGAUGUAUUUUCAAUGCCUCUAACUGUUUUGUGAGUUCUCUAGUUCAGUUUUUUUCUGUGAAACUUGAAUGUGAAAAUAAAGGUGUUAAGAAUUCAA